AUGAAGAAAAAAAAAUCCUUAUUUCAAAGAAUUAUAUAUGCCCAUCGUCCUUCUGCAAUUACGGAAGCCAAUUUAACGCCGCCACCAAGCACGCAGCCCUCCUCCGCUCAACCCGAGAACUCGAACCCGCCGAACGGUGCCGUUUUGAUGGAGGAUUCGUCGGCGCAACGGCAAAACCUAGCCCUAAAUCCAUCAAAUACAAAUUAUACUUUCCCCCCGCACCGCCGACGGCCACUGCGCAGCCGCACGUAUCGCGCACUCAUCGGAAUUAUGUCUCACUCCCGCGUCGACUCUACCCAUCUCCAAAAGCAAGUUGACAGUGAUGAUUCCGUUUUAAGACCAGCGUUUCAAGAAAACCGAUUAACCGCUCGUAAUGAGGUCAAUUCAGUAGAUGUAUUAGCUCCUGAUCCUAAUAGCAAGGUGCCCGAGGAUACGUUAGUUCAAGAAACUACGGUCGGUGAGAACAGAGAAAAAUUAUGUUUUCAGGAUGGAGUUAUCGAUUGCAUAAACACAACGGAAUCAAAAGUUGAUCACGUAAAAGUGGUAAAAGAUGUCGAGCAUGAAGGUAGUAGGAACUUAUCGGUGGUUGAGAACCAGAUGGAUGACUUUGAUUUUCAUGUUUCCAAGGAUCAAGAAAAUGCGAAUGGUGUUGAUAUUCAGAUGGAAGGGCUCGAAGUGGACAAGGACUUCUGUAUUGGCGAUUUUUCCGAAGCUCUUGACUCUUGCUUUGACAUGGAUACGGUCGUCGAAUUAUCAAAAUCGGGAGAAGAAGGGCAAGAAAAUCACAUGGUUUUGGAGGAGAACAAACCUAAAGAAACUGAGUGUCAAUUGAAGGUGAAGGAGAUGGAACUGGAGAAACUCGUGCAUAAUUCAGCUGUGGUGGAACCAUCUUGUUGUCUAAAUGCUGAUGGCGAUAUGGAAGAAGGGGAGAUUUCUGGGGAAGAUGAGUUUGUUGAUGCGCCUUUUGACGCAUUGUCCGAAUUUGCUGUGCAUGCUUCUGACGGCUCCUUUGAUAAAGAAAAAGACAUUUGUAAUAAUGAAGAUAGAGGACGUGAAACAACUGAUCCCUCGCUUGUUAAUGUAGUGAAUAGUGACACUGACUUUAUGGAAGUGGAAAGCAUAACACCAUUUGGAAAGAUGCAAGAGAAUGCUGCUGAAGAUCAAAUUUGUGCUACAACUGAGAAGGACCAGGACCUCGGCAAAAAGAAAAGGAAAAAAGGCCCUUUGACCAAGGAAAGAAGAGCUAAGAAAAAGAAAAAAGAAAGAAUUAAAAGAGCAGAAAAAAACAGAGAAGAUGGGGUUAGAAGAGCAAAUCCGCAACCUAUUAUCAAGCCAAAGAAGAUAUCGGAAUGUCGCCACUAUAAAUACGGGAGAUGCUAUGAGGGUGAGAAGUGCAAGUUCUCCCAUGAUACAGUUCCAUUGACGAAGUCCACGCCAUGUGCCUAUUUUGCUCGUAACAGUUGCAUGAAAGGAAAGGACUGUCCGUUUGACCAUGAACUCUCCAAGUACCCAUGCACAAAGUAUAUUACAGAUAAUUCCUGUCCUAGAGGCUCCAACUGUUCGUUUUCGCACGAGAAGCCAGCCAAGCAGAAUUUCUCCAUAACACCAAAUACGUCGUCAGUACCCGAGUUAACUUCUCCUCAGCAUACAGUGCCUGACAAAAGAAGAUCCUCUACCGAAUCAAAGGCCACCAAGCCUGAAUUGAAGUUCUCAACCCCACCAAACAACACGAACACUAUCAAACAAACCGAUAAUUAUGGUAUACAUCAUCAGAGAAGUAAUGGUAAGAGUACAGAUCCGCUUCCAAUGAAUCCUGUCACAAGAACUGUUAGGCAGCCACCCAGAGGAGUUAGCUUCCUCUCGACCGGCGAAAAAUCGUCGGGUGAGUCCAGUAAGCACAAAGUAGGCGAACUCUCUGUGAAAACAACUAACGGUGUUGAUGCUGGUUGUAAAACAAGCCUUGACAAGUCGAACGAGAUGUCAGAGAAGGUAGCUCCAAGGAAACCACGCGGAAUAAACUUUCUCUCCUUUGCCCAGCCUUCUUCGGAUAAUUCCAGCAGUAAUAUAUUCUCUAACCUGCCCUUGAGUAAUAGUAAAUCAGGAACAUCAGUAAUAAACGGUACAAAUGAAGGCAAGUUAACUUCCUCACUGCUAGAGAACGAUGGAGCUCUCAAAGCCAACAGACAGGACACCAUUCAAAUACCUUCCCUUUCCUUUGGUGGGCAAAACUCACAUUUUUCUAGCUCUUUUAAGACGUCACUCUUGUCAAAUACACCAAGUUCGGUGCAGAAUGCUAUCCAGUCAACAUUAGCUUUUGCAGAAAAGUUUGAGCCUGACAUUAAAGUUGGAUCAUAUCUUAAUCAACUGAGAAGCUAGAAAUUCUCAAGAUGGUGACUUAAGUGAUGCCUUUGAGAGUUUCGGUUUUCUUAAUUGAGAGUUUCGGUUUUCUUACGUGAGAACCUUUAGAAAAUUGAAUCUCGGGACAGAAAUUCAAUAUCCGAAUUAUGGUCUCAAAGAUGUGUUAGAUACAGGACAGAAUUAUGAGAAUGAUUGAAGCGUUCAGUUUCUACAAAGCAUCCAGGUUCUUUGGAUGAGGGAUACGGUAAUUAUGAAGACCAGUUCAGGCCACGAAGAUUACUUACCUACAAUGGAGGGGGUCAUGCAAAAGGAGGACAGAGGGUGCGCCCGUAAGGGCAUUGCCAGACUAUUUGUGCUCGGCGUGCUGAGGUACAGCAUUUAGGGUUGCUCGAAAUCCUCGACAGUUAAUCGUUCUUUUUAAUCAGACGCAAGAGCAGCAACUUCAACCUACCGUGCCCUAUGUUCAGCAGACACUAACUUGUACAUGUACAAAAUCACUAAGAAGAUCUGUGCCCCCGUUUUUUUUAAAUGCAUAGUUCAGAAGUUAUUUGUGUUAUUAUUUAAUGAAUUAGUUACGUCUGUAUGCGUAUUCGUGUCUUGGUAAACGAAUUGCAAGUACAAUGAAGAAUCUUACAUACACGAUACAUGUAUUUCCCAA